CUAUCCACCAACCGUACCUGUCUUCUCACUGUCUCAGCCAGUAGCAAGAAAACAUGGGCAGACAUAAAUUAUUUUUGGACAAACUGGCCCGGUCCUGCCAGAUCCGAAACCUGCUGCUUCGCCAGGCCCUGGCCGAGUGUCUGGGCACCCUCAUCCUCGUGAUGUUUGGCUGUGGUGCUGUGGCCCAGCUGGUUUUGAGCGAUGGUUCCCAUGGCAUGUUCCUCACAGUCAAUUUUGCAUUCGGCUUCGCUGCCAUCUUAGGCAUCCUGGUCUGUGGCCAGGUAUCAGGUGGCCAUCUGAACCCUGCGGUGACCUUUGCCCUGUGCCUGCUUGGAAGAGAGCGCUGGAGAAAGUUCCCCAUUUACUUCCUCUUUCAGACGAUCGGUGCUUUCUUUGGUGCUGGCAUCAUUUUCAGCAUGUACUUUGAUGCCCUGAUAAAACAUCCUGGAUCUUUCAAUGUGACUGGUCCUGGUUCAGGUGCUGGGAUCUUUGCUACCUACCCUGGAGAACAUCUUACCAUUCUCAAUGGCUUCUUUGAUCAGAUGAUCGGCACAGCAGCGCUCAUUGUUUGUAUCCUGGCUAUUGUGGAUCCAUACAACAACCCCAUCCCCCAAGGGCUGGAGGCCUUCACUGUGGGAUUUGUGGUUCUGGUCAUUGGAUUGUCAAUGGGCUUUAACUCUGGCUAUGCUGUCAAUCCUGCCCGAGACUUUGGACCACGUCUUUUCACCGCUAUGGCUGGGUGGGGCGGGGAAGUUUUCACGGCUGGAAACGGCUGGUUCCUGGUACCCAUUUCUGCCCCAUUCAUUGGCAGCAUCAUCGGUGCGUCGAUCUACCAGCUGAUGGUUGGCUUCCAUACGGAGGGAGAAGCACGUGACCAGAAAAUCGCAAUAGAGGAGAGUGUCCGACUCACCAAUGUCACCACCAACGAUAAAACCAAAGACAAUACCAAAGAAAUACACUGAGUGUGUUAGAGAGCUAACAACUCUAACACAUGCACAUUCUGUAAAUACCAACACACAGCAGAUACCCCCAACAGCACACUGUAACAGCACACUGUUGGGGUAUCGUCCAAGGCCACUCUCUUUACAUUAUAAUGUAAUUGGAUUAUAUCGUAGAAGAAUUGAGUGUGAGU